AGUUUUAAUAACCAGCAUUUACUAUUUAUUAUCUAAUGUCAAUGCUAUAGGAAAAAAUGUAUUUUUUAUAAAAUGUAGUCUUAGGAAUUUACAAUUAAUUUGUUUUUCAAUUUGUAAAAUAUCAACGAUUUAGAUAAAGUCAUACACUAUACAAAAUGGAUGAGGGCAAAUCAUGGAUCAGCCUAACUCCCAAUAUUCAGCAGGGUGUAGAAAUAAUAAACAACGUAGACAGUAAAAAGUACCAGCUCCUUUUGCAACGGGUUGUCCAGGAAAUGUUGAUCAAUCAGGACUCGUACAAACCGUUCACUGACGAGGAAGAAGAGAAACUCCUCGCAAGUUUGUCAUUAGACAGGAAGGAGUUGGAACUUCUUAUUUAUACUUCUAUAAUUAUAUUGAAUCAGGCUGUUUAUAGUUUACCAUCACCUGAUAUCCUUCACGCUGGCCUUAUAAACUCGUUGAGACUGGACGAGGAAAAAGCUCUCGUUUUUGUUACCGUUCUUAAGACUAAUUCGAAAAAAUUGUACCUCAAGCUCAAACAAAAAUCAAUAUACUCGAGAAAGCUAGAAGAUGUGAGCUGGCUUGUGAACAUAGAAAUUGCUUCGCACAAUGAAAAAGAGAAAUUUACACCGAAAGCAAUCUUACAGUUUAAACUCAAAGAUCCUCAAGGCCCGUCGAGCAUAACAGUCGAUGCUAAUGAAACUAGUCUCAUGGAACUUUUUAAAUCUCUGGAGCAAAUUCAGGAAUCAUUGGAUGCUCUAGCAUAACAUGAAUUGUAAAGUGUACCCUGUAUUUUUAUCUUUUUGAAAUGAAAAUAAUAUAAAAUAAUUAAUUGUUAAGUAAUGAAAUAUAUUUUGCUAAAAC